AUGGUAAGAACUAUUUGUAAUUUUAGUUGUUUUCAGAUUUGUUUUUGUCAAUGUUUAGGCUAUAAAAAGUGUCAUGAGUAUAUUGCUCUACUCAAGUCCGGCCAGCUGAAAGGACAACCUGGUUGUACUGAUGAAGAGACACUCGAGGCAUUGAUUCUACGCGAGUUAUCAUCAAUUCGUGAUAAGGCUGGUAAAGCCUGCGUUGAAAAUCUAUCUAAACACAAUGCUCCUUUGACCAUGGCGGUUUGUGGGUCAAAAGGAUCGUUUAUCAACAUAUCGCAGAUGAUUGCAUGCGUAGGCCAACAGGCUAUCUCCGGGCAUCGCCCCCCCGAUGGAUUUGAUAAACGCUGUCUUCCUCACUUCGAGAAGCUCCAAAUGACCCCGGAGGCCAAAGGAUUUGUUGAAAACAGUUUCUUUUCUGGCCUCACUCCUACAGAGUUCUUUUUUCACACUAUGGGUGGACGUGAAGGACUUGUGGAUACUGCUGUAAAGACAGCUGAAACGGGAUAUAUGCAGCGGCGACUAGUGAAGUGCCUUGAAGUGAGUUUUACCUGGAUGACGUAA